GUUUAUCCUAUGAAGUAUGCAACAUCAUCUUAACUGAUGAUGUAAUCCACAUCAACGAGCACGACGCACAUUUUUAUACUAAUUCCACAAAGGUCAAGAAAAUAGAAUCUUAUAAUCAAACCUCAGAUGGUUCUACAAGUAAAGUUACGCCAGUUGCUAGUAAACAGCUUCCUUAUACCUGUGUGAACGACCCAUCCACGUCGCGAGUUGAUCUGAAAACCGAAGUUUUGAACAACAACACCGAAAUAACAAGCAAAGAUGAUAAAAAUAAUCUGAAUUGUCUCUAUGCUUAUUCCAAUCAAAUGUAUGAUUCUGGAACUACCUUUAAUUUUGAAAAUGAUGGGGAUCGAUGGCCAUUUACUGGACAAAAUUCUGCUGCUUUAUCUAUAAUUGCAACAUUAGAUAAUGCUUUUACCUUUUAUCAGAACCACUACCUAGGAAUUAAAUAUUCUUUUAGUAACAUUACUGAAAAUAUUUAUAAUCACCUAACUGAUUUUGCUCACUUCUAUAAUCAUGUACCGGAUGACUCAAUUUAUUAUGAUAUUACUGGCACAUUACAGAACUUUGUACAACCUUCUCUUAAUGCAGCAGUGGCAAGCACUAUCCUCAAUCAUUAUGGCUUUACCUAUUGUAACAACGUAGAUAAAAAUCUCUGUGGUACAUGUUGCUCGGCACAAGGAGCUGGUACAGCAGUUGGAGGUGUUUGCGUGAUUAUUGGUAGAUAUGACUGUGGUCAGUUAAUACAUAACAAUUGUGUAUUCGGGGGUGUUAAUUAUAAACCCGAUACCAUAAAUAAUAUUAGGCGAUUUAUUGUCGGCUCUCAGGCUUGUGCUGAAUAUCAAGAUGGAGGUUUUAUGUGUUACUGUCAUGAUGCACGUUUGUAA